AUGGCCGCUAAAUCAGACGGGAGGCUGAAAAUGAAGAAGGGCAGCGACGUGGCGUUCACCCCGCUGCAGAACUCGGAGCAUUCGGGCUCCGUGUCGGCGCUGGCCCCGGGCGUGCCGUCGGGCGCUGGAGCCGAGGACGAGGAGGCGGCCGCCGGCGGCUGUUGCCCUGACGGCGGUGGCAGCUCGCGCUGUUGCUGCUGCUGCGCCGGCAGUGGCGGCUCGGGCGGUGGCUCUGGGGGCCCGAGCGGUGCUGGCGGCCGCGGGUCGGGCUCCGCGGCAUUGUGCCUGCGCCUGGGCCGCGAGCAGCGGCGCUAUUCGUUGUGGGACUGCCUUUGGAUCUUGGCCGCCGUGGCCGUUUACUUCGCGGAUGUGGGCACGGACAUCUGGCUCGCUGUGGACUACUACGUGCGCGGCCAGCGCUGGUGGUUCGGGCUCACGCUUUUCUUCGUGGUGCUCGGCUCGCUUUCGGUGCAGGUGUUCAGCUUCCGCUGGUUCGUGCACGAUUUCAGCGCCGAGGACAGCGCCACGGCCACGGCCGCCAGCUGUCCGCAACCUGGAGCCGAGUGCAAGCCUGUGGUCAGCGGUGGGUCUGCAGCUGGGGAAGGCGAGGCUCGUCCUUCCACGCCGCAAAGGCAAGCAUCCAAUGCCAGCAAGAGCAACAUCACGGCCACCAACAGUGGUAACAGCAGCAGCGGGGCCACGCGGGCCGGCGGAACACAUAGGUCUGCGUCCUGUUCCUUCUGCAUUUGGCUCCUGCAGUCACUCAUCCACAUCUUGCAACUCGGGCAGAUUUGGAGAUAUUUCCAUACAAUAUACUUAGGUAUUCGAAGCCGACAAAGUGGGGAGAAUGACAGAUGGAGGUUUUACUGGAAAAUGGUGUAUGAGUAUGCAGAUGUGAGUAUGCUGCAUUUGCUAGCCACCUUUCUGGAAAGUGCUCCCCAGCUGGUCCUGCAGCUCUGCAUUAUCGUACAGACUCAUAGCUUACAGGCCCUACAAGGUUUCACAGCAGCAGCCUCCCUUGUGUCUUUGGCUUGGGCCUUGGCUUCUUACCAGAAGGCUCUCCGGGACUCUCGCGAUGACAAGAAGCCCAUCAGCUACAUGGCGGUCAUCAUUCAAUUUUGCUGGCACUUCUUCACCAUUGCAGCCAGAGUCAUCACAUUUGCUCUCUUUGCCUCGGUGUUCCAGCUGUACUUUGGGAUCUUCAUUGUCCUGCACUGGUGCAUCAUGACCUUCUGGAUCGUCCACUGUGAGACAGAAUUCUGUAUCACCAAAUGGGAAGAAAUUGUGUUCGAUAUGGUGGUGGGGAUCAUCUACAUCUUCAGUUGGUUCAAUGUUAAGGAAGGUCGGACACGCUGCAGGCUCUUCAUUUACUAUUUUGUGAUCCUUCUGGAAAACACAGCCUUGAGUGCCCUCUGGUACCUCUACAAGGCUCCCCAGAUUGCAGAUGCAUUUGCCAUCCCUGCCCUGUGUGUGGUAUUCAGCAGCUUUUUAACUGGUGUUGUUUUUAUGCUGAUGUAUUAUGCCUUCUUUCACCCCAAUGGACCCAGGUUUGGGCAGUCACCAAGCUGUGCUUGUGAGGACCCAGUAGCUGCCUUCACUCUGCCUUCAGAAGUGGCCACAAGCACUCUACGGUCCAUCUCUAACAACCGUAGUGUGGCCAGUGACCGGGAUCAGAAAUUUGCAGAGCGGGAUGGGUGUGCACCUGUCUUUCAGGUGAGGCCGACAGCGCCAUCCACACCAUCAUCUCGCCUCCCGCGAAUCGAAGAAUCAGUCAUUAAGAUUGACCUGUUCAGAAACAGGUAUCCCGCAUGGGAGAGGCAUGUUUUGGACCGAAGCCUACGAAAGGCCAUUUUAGCUUUCGAAUGUUCCCCGUCUCCUCCAAGGUUGCAGUACAAAGAUGAUGCCCUUAUUCAGGAGCGGUUGGAGUAUGAAACCACUUUAUAG